CAGCCACUAUUUUCGGUCAUAUAUACUCCGUACGUUCUUUUCCCUAAAAAAUCAUUGAACUGCGACUUUCGAGAACAUACUUCAGAUCGGAUAGGUUUAGAUCAAACCCUAGCGGUUUAGCAUAAUUAAAGUUCAGGCGUCAACUCAAAAGUUGACAUUAGCACGGCGAUCAGCGUCCCAGAUGGGCGAUGCUGGCGUCAAUGGUUACAUGGCGGGAGGAUUGGCGCUGAAACCGCCGCCUCCGCCUCCAUCUGAUGCGGCGGAUGCGCCUUUUGUUGGGGCAAAAAUAUCGGUGUGGUGGGACAUAGAGAACUGCCAAGUGCCCAGGGACUCCGAUCCGCAUGCAAUCGCGCAGAACAUAAGCUCUGCGCUGGCGAAGUUGAACUACUGCGGGCCCAUCUCCAUAUCCGCCUACGGGGAUACGACCAAUAUUUCGCCUUUGGUUCAGCAGGCCCUUAAUAGCACAGGAGUCGCCCUCAACCAUGUCCCCGCAGGCGUUAAAGAUGCUAGUGACAAGAAGAUACUGGUCGACAUGUUGUUCUGGGCCGUUGACAACCCAGCACCUGCUACUUAUUUAUUGAUAUCUGGUGAUCGAGAUUUCUCUAAUGCCCUCCACCAGCUUCGAAUGCGUAGGUACACCAUUCUUUUAGCCCAACCUAAAAAAGCAUCUGCAGCACUUGUUGCUGCAGCAAAGACUGUAUGGCUUUGGACUAGCCUCUUAACUGGGGGGCUCCCUCUUAGUCAUACUACUGAACCGAAACCGUUCACAAAUAUCAGUAAUGGCCUCGUAACCAACCGUGACACAUCAGCAAUGUCGGCCGGCAAACCCAGCCAGUCUGUUGGUGUAGUCCAUGAAAGUAACCUUCAACAAGGACAUGGGUCUCCUGCUCAUGCACCCAAAGUCUGGCGGCUAAAUAAGGCGAAGGAGUUGAUGAGUGAAAAGAACCAAACGAAGGGCAUGAAAAGGAAGGGGAGCAGUCAGUCUCUUGGUAUAGUCUAUCAAAGUAACCAUCAACAAGGACACGUGCCUGCUGCUCACAAUUCAAGAAAUCAUUUUAGUGGUGAUAAUUUAUCACCUAAUCCUCAUGCACCCAAAAGUAUGGUGUGGCGGCUAAGUAAGGAGAAGGAGUUGAUGAGUGAAAAGAACCAAAAGAAGGGUGUGAAAAGGAAGGGGAAUAGUCCAAGCAAACAACCUAGUAAGAAAACUUGCUGUGCAGCAAAUAAGACGGGACCUGGGCACACACAUAGUAAGGGUUGCUCUAAGCGAAAUAACAAAUGUGCCAACUGUAAGAAGAACCAUUUUGGGAAGUGUAAUAAGGCACCAAUGUGUUUCCAUUGUGGAGAUUCAGGGCAUCUGCUAAAGGAUUGUCAUCUGACAGGUGGCAAAGCCUUUAACAGAGGUAACCAUCAUAAUAAGGGUGGUAAUAUUGGAACCUUUACACCCAGUGUUGUGGCUCACAUGACAAGUGGAGUAUCCUGUCCAGAUAUUGCUGCUAGUCAGGUCGUGGCUGGUGGAAACUGCCAGGAUAUUAAUAUAGCUGGAGCACGGACACCGAGUGUCUGCUAUAUGACGAAUGAAGUAGCCAAUCCACAGGUUUGCGCUACUGAGGGAAUGGGUGGUGGAAACCACCAGGAUAUUGGUAUAUCCGUAGCUUCAACAUCGAGCGGUGUAACUCAUAAGAGGAGUGAAGUAGUAACUCCUGAUGUUUCUGCUAGUGAGGUCAUGGGUCCUGGACCCCCCCCCAGAUAUUGGUAUACCUGGAGCUCAUACACGUAGCGUCCAUCACAUGACAAGUGGAGUAGUCACUCCACAGGUUGCUGCUAGUGAGGUCAUGGUUGGUGGAAACCACCAGGAUAGCAGUAUAUCUGGAGCCCCAUCACUGAGUGUUCUCCACAACACAAAUGAAGUAGUCAGUCCAAGUGUUUCUGCUAAUAAGGUCAUGAGUGCUGGAAAUCCUCAGGAUAUUGGUUUACUUGGUGCCCAGUCACCUAACCAUCACGUGACAAAAGGAGUGGCUACUCCACAGGUUGCUUGUAGUGAGGUCAUGGGUGAUGGAAACUGUCAGGAUAUGGGUAUAUCCAGAGCCCCAACACAGAGCCUUGGCCAUCACAUGACAAGUGAAGUAAUCAUUCCAGAUGUUUCUGCUAGCAACAUAAUGAGUGCUAGAAACACCCAGGUUAUUGGUAUAUCUGGAGCCCAGACACCGAGCAUCAGUCCUCACCGGACAGGGGUACUAGCUACUCAUAAUAAACUGACACCAAGGCGUUUCUUUUGUGGAGAGAUAGGGCAUCUGAAAAAGGAUUGUGAACUGUUGAAUGGUGGAUCGGCCAGUGAAGAUGCUAGCCAAGCCACGAGUGGUGGGGACAUGAGCGGUAGGAACUGUAAUUAUAGGGGACUAACUCGAGACCAAACACAGAGGUGUCUCUGUUGUGGAGAGUUUGGGCAUUUGAAAAAGGAUUGUCAACCAUUGAUAGGUCGAUCCACUAGAGAUAAUGUUAGCCAGACCAUGAGCGACGGGGCCAUAAGUAGUGGGAAUUGUAGUGAUAGUGGACUAGCUCGAGACCAAACACUAAGGUGUUACCGAUGUGGAGAGUUUGGGCAUCUGAAAAGGGACUGUUUAGCGUUGACAGAUCGAUCCACAGGCGACGCAUCUGUUGCAGCCCCUUACAGCAACGCAAAAUCACUUUAUCCCACUACACCAUUGUAUGAAAUGACGGAAAGUUACAGGUCACUAGAAGGUUCGUGAUUACCAUAGUUGUUAUGGCGUCGCUGCAUCGUCGCCUUGGCGUCGUGGCGCUCUGGGCAGGUUGCCAUGGAAGCUCGACACGCCACAAGUCAAAAGGCAUUGCUGCAUCGUUGCCACAACGUCGCAAAUACACCAUUGACGCCAGACAACGAUGCAAGGUGUGACCCACUGACCCAAAAAUUAUGAAUAGGCCCAAACCCAAACCCAUUAAUUUGAUAAGUGAUUAGCGAUAACCCAUAAAAAAACAGUCAACCUAUAAAUCGGGCGACUCCAAAGUCUCGCAAUCCCAAACGCAUACUUGUCAGCUGUGCCGUUGGUCUUCGUCGUCCAGGCUCGAACAUCUUCUUUAGCAGUUCCGCCAGAUUGCAUCAUAAGAGCAGCUAUUGGGGAUGAUCUAUGAAUGGAAUAAACACAAAUCUCUUAAUAAUCCCUUACCUUUCGGACGGCAGGGCGGCGGUGGACCCACUCGAAGUUUCCCACAUCCAUCAUUUCUGGAUUACAAGAAUCUAACAAAUUCGAAACCAUGUUAUAUCAUUUUGGCUGGGCCUGCAGUGUGUGCCCGCAUGGUCAUGCCAUGCCUUCAAUAGUUAGCAUGAUAUGAAUGAAGUUUUUCUCUAUGGCUUGAAAAUGGUGGUGUAUGGCCAAAACUGAGAAUACAACAACACCUUACGAACGUUGGAGUAAAAAGUGUGCGUUUACUGAUUUAAUUCUUUUGUUGAAAAGCGGGUUUAAAUAUAUUUGUUCAAUUGUUGUUCUUAUAUGCCUCCUUGAAUUAUUGUGGUUGUUUUAUUU